GACGAAGAAUUAAUUGAUGAGAUCAACAAUAAUAUUGAUGUGGUUGAACCCGACAACAAUAUACAAAUAAAUGAAUCGACGAUUGAAUCAGAUAUUAUUAUUGAUACAAUCGAAGGAACGGAAGAAGAAAUUCAACAAAAACAAAUUCAAAACAUUUAUCGCUUGUUAAACCAGCAAAAUUUAACAUCAACUUGGUCGGCAACUGAUUUUGUCGAACAACUCAGAAUGUAUGGCCUAUAUGGUGAAUUCGAACUGCCGGAAGAAGAGUUAGCAGUCUAA